AUGCUCCCCUUUGCCUUUGCUACCAGUAUACUUGCUGCAGUCGCCAUCGUGUAUGUCGGCUUGUUAAGAGCCCAGGUUCAGCAGAACCGCCACCAGCUUGUGGCCGCGGUGGGCGUGACACAACUUCUGACCCUUGCGCAGAUGCUGGCGGUGCUUCGGCGCUUCGGCAUCGCUUGGGGCGAGCCUUUUGCAAGCCUUCUGGCCUUCUUGGACAUCUUCAGCUUCGACUUCGAGAUGUUAUCCUUCAGUUGUGUUACCACGAUGGGACCUGUUGUCUCCUUCGCUGUCCGUGUGCUGAUGAUCCCCGGAAUUCUGCUGAGCACCGCGGUGGUCUCACUGGUUCACGCGGCCUUGCUCGCUGGCCCUUGCCGGUAUACUUCCAAGCUGAGCCUCGGGAUCCACUUCCGGCACCUCCUCAAAACCGCCGGGGCCCUCUUCAUGGUCCUGUUCAUCAUACUCUUCUCCAUGUUUUUGGCUCCUUUUCAGUGUCGCCUGCAUCCGAACGGACGCUACACGGUUCAAACCUAUGGGUCCGUGCACUGCGACGACGAGCAACACUACCAGAUGUUCGUCCUGGGAAUUCUCUCCUGCAGCCCAGGCAGCCUGCCUCUCCUGUAUCUGACAUUUUGCACUUGGCUGGUCGUGAUGGAGUUGCCCAGGCGACUCGCGAGAUCGGACACCGGUUUUCUACAGGACUGCUCCUUCUUGAUCAUUCGCUUUCGCACGGGUGCCGAGAUCUCCUCCGUUGCCUUCUUGAUCCGAAACGUGCUGGUGGUUCUGUCCCCUCUUCCCGUUGCGGUGUCAUCGAAGUUGCUGAUGAUGAGUCUGGUCUUGCUGUCGAACCUGGUACUUGUGGCCUACUUCCAGCCAUGGUCUUAA